AAUUUUUAUUGAGAAUAUCAAGUUACAAAGUGAUUUUUUUAAAUUUUUUUUGUUAUAAUUUAUUUAUAAUCUCUUUAAAGUUUUUUUUUUUUUUUAAAUUGGCCGAUAUAAAAAACCGUUAACCAAAAACUUUCUUUGACAGUUCAAGGAAAGUAUUGAAACGGUUAACAUCAUUCUAAAAGAAUAAAUUUUAAGAUUUUUUUGUAGCAAAUGGUGAAAGUGUUUUUAAAAUGAAAUUUUUAUUAAUUUUAAGUAUUUUUAUACAAAUAUCAGUGAUUUUAAGUGCUCAAACCAAGUUUCAAGGUUAUGUUUAUCCUAGACCCUUGAAAAAUGCCCUAGAGCCACAAAAUCAAACGGAUAAUGGUCUGCCUCCCGGAGUGCAAGGAGAUUUCAUAGAUGAUUUGAUUACCGAGCAUAAACAGCAAAUUUUAUCCUCCAUCUUAAGUGAAACAUUGGAUACAGCUGCUGCGCCAGCAGCAGGAGAAAGUAAAUACUUCUUGGGCAAUAAAUGUGCCACCUGCACCUGUGGUGUGCCCAAUGUUAAUCGUAUUGUGGGUGGAACACGUGUACGCACCAAUAAAUAUCCCUGGAUUGCUCAAAUGCUAAGGGGAUCUUUCCAAUUCUGUGGCGCCACUCUCAUUAAUGACCGUUAUGCUCUCACCGCAGCCCAUUGUGUAUAUGGCAUGGAUAUGAAGGGUAUUACCAUCAAACUGUUGCAAUUGAAUAAAAAUUCCGCUUCCCAAGGCAUUGUUCGCAAGGUAGCCUUUGCCAAUAUGCAUGGACUCUAUAAUCCUACCACCCUACAAAACGAUAUAGCUUUGUUAAGACUCGACCAGCCGGUACCUCUGCUAGAUCCCAUCAGACCUGUCUGUUUACCCAUACAUGCCAAUCAAAAUUUCGAUUUUAAAAAGGCCAUCGUUGCAGGCUGGGGUUUGACCUCAGAUGGUGGUGAUCAGUCCACUUAUUUGCAAGAGGUAGUGGUGCCCGUUCUCACCAAUGCCCAGUGUAGAGCCACUUCUUAUAAAUCCAUGAUUUUGGAGACCAUGUUGUGUGCCGGUUAUCUGGAGGGUGGUAAAGAUGCUUGUCAGGGUGACAGUGGCGGUCCUUUGAUUGUUCGCGAUGGUAUUUUCCGUUUAGCGGGUGUUGUCUCCUUUGGCUAUGGCUGUGCCAAUCCUAAUGCUCCCGGGGUUUAUACUAGGGUUAGUAAAUAUCUGGACUGGAUUGCUGCCAAUACCCGGGAUGCCUGCUAUUGUGUGCGUUAAGUUCACAAAGAUCCCAAUAAUUUAAUUUGUAAUUUAAAAUUAUUUAUUAUUUGUGCCUAAUAAAUUAAAGAAAUUUUAAUAAAAAAUCUUGAAAUU